GGUCGGCCUCAACUGCUGCUGUAGGAAUAGUAAAAUAGCCGUCUCACGCAAACUAAGUGACAAAUCCGGAUUUGACGGGGGCUUAUAAACCCAAAGUGACACACAGAGAAACGCAGGAGGAAUUUUAUCUCUUAAAAAAAAAUAUAUUCUGCUCUCUUUUUUUUGGUCACCCAAGGACGGCAGCUACAGCAGGAGGAGGAGUUAGCGGCGUGUUUCCGCUAAGAGCAGGCCGAGACGGUAAUCUAUGCAGCCGCACUGAGAAUUACAAAACAGCGGCAGACCAGUUGGCAGCUACUGCGAAUAGUUUGACUGAAAUUUGUUUAAUCUUCGGGGACUUUUGGUUGUUCGUAUCGGGAGGCUAAACAACGAGAGAGUGAGUGGCAGCUGGACUGUCAGCGAUGGAAGCUGAAUUUCGGGAAAUCGAUGAAAACGGCAGCUGGAACGCCAUUUAUCAGGAGAUUCGGCAGCAGUCGAGUGAAUUCCCUUGUAAGGUUGCCAAAUCACCUGAAAACAAGACUCGGAAUCGAUACAGAGACGUUAGCCCGUUUGAUCACAGCAGAAUACAUCUGCAGUUAGGUACAAAUGACUACAUUAAUGCCAGCCUAAUAACAGUAGAAGAGGCACGGAGGAACUAUAUCCUUACUCAGGGACCCCUACCAAGUACAUGUGGCCAUUUCUGGGAAAUGGUGUGGGAGCAGAGGACUCGUGGUGUAGUGAUGCUGAACCGGGUCAUAGAGAAAGGCUCUAUUAAGUGUGCCCAGUACUGGCCAGAGAGAGAGGAGAGAGAUGCCAUCUUCGAAGACACCAAUUUCAAGCUCACCCUCGUCUCUGAAGACAUCAAAUCUUAUUACACCGUCCGUCAGCUGGAGUUGGAAAAUCUGUGUACUCAAGAGACUCGUGAGAUUCUGCAUUUUCACUACACGACCUGGCCCGACUUUGGGGUGCCAGAGUCUCCUGCAUCUUUCCUCAACUUCCUGUUCAAGGUGCGAGAGUCGGGCUGUCUAAAUUCAGACCAGGGACCAGUGGUGGUGCACUGCAGUGCUGGAAUUGGGCGCUCUGGAACCUUUUGCCUCGUGGAUACCUGCCUCUUGUUGAUGUCUCUACGUAAAGACCCGUCUUCAGUUCGUAUUCGCGAUGUGCUGCUGGAGAUGCGACGCUAUCGAACGGGCUUGAUUCAGACUGCAGAUCAGCUUCGGUUCUCCUACCUGGCUAUAAUUGAAGGUGCCAAGUACAUCAAGGGAGAUACUUCUGUGCAGGAGUCAUGGAGAGCGCAGUCCAACGAGGAAGAUGAUCCUCCCGAGUUCACCCCUCCUCCUCCUCUUCCUCCUCCCAGAGACCCUCAGAAUGGCAAAGCAGAGCCGUCCUUUUUCCCUGAAGAGAUCAUCCGAGCAACAGAGACCCACAGUCUGGGCUCCUCAGAAAAAGUUCGAAAAAGGAUUCCAGCUGCUGACUCUCAGCCUGCUGCUGAUCUCCAGCCCACUCGUGACGGUGUUGCUCAGUCCGACGGCCAUUUGGAAAUCCACGAUGAUACCUCCUUUCCGAACAAAUCUGAGCAGCAGCCAAAGGAAAACUCUCCCGUGCCGGGGACUUGGUCCCCACUACUAACCAAAGUGUGCCUGUGCACAGCACUGGCUCUCAGUGCUUUUGCCUGCUAUCGAGCCUAUUUCCACUGAUGUCCUUCUUCCUCGUCUCUCCACUGACGUUGCAAAGUGGACAAGGCUGGCCAAUCAGCCCGCUUUGACUCUGCUAAGGGGUGGAUUGUUUGGUCUUCAGCAGAUUCACUUCCACUGGUUUUAAUUUUAUAAAUGCCGUGCAAGUGGUUGGCUGGCUGCCGACCUUAUGACCGACCCAAACUUUCUUUCUGUGUGUCAUCUUGGAUGCUCAGGGCCUCAGUUUUUCAGGUGUCACAUCCCAAAUAAUGUGUGCUGGCUUAAACGCAGACUCAGAGGGCUCUGCUGGUCUGUGAAUCAGGAUGAAUGGCCUAUCAGCCCAUUUUUUUUUUUUUUUUCCAUGAGUCUCUUCUCUUAUUUACCAAACGACACGUGAAUGUGUUCUUCCAUGUUUUUAGUAAAUCAUGAGCCCGUUAGGAUUUUGCUUUCUUUUCUUUCUUUUUUUUUGGUUAAACAAACAGAUCAGAAAUCGUAGAACCAGAUUUAUGACCAGCCUGUCUGAAAAUAUGCCAGUGUGGGAGAAACCUUAUUUUUUUUGUUUUGUUUGUUCGUUCCUUUGCUGUUGGUCAACAUGGAUCCCAAGAGUAAAAUGAAAUCCAGAGCAUGUUGGGGUGGUCCUUGAAUUGUUAUGUGACUCCACUAAUAGCCUGCAGGUUGAGUACAUACAAUAUAUGCGUGUUUGUGUGUGUAUAUGUACAUUUGUGUGAGUGGUAGUUUUUAAAUUCUACCCGGUGAAAAAUAUUAAUAUAACAUUUACAGGACAUCAAAUGUGAGAUGUAGACCGGGUUUUCUCCUGGUAUGUGAUUCUUUUUUUUUUCUCUCCCUGGUAGCCCAAAAGUGACACAGGAGGAGGGGGAAAAACAACAACAAAAAAAAAAAAAACAAGGUAGAGUGACGUGUCUCACUCUGUAUUUGUAACGUUUGAGUGAUUUCAACAGCUUGAGAACUUUUAUAAACAUUGGGCUUUAGUUCUAGUAUCGCUCACAGUGGAUAAAAUGCGUAACAUAACCGAAACAGAGCUGAUUCACAUUGUAAAAUAAGUGAAUGUGUGUUCAGUCGCUGGAGUGCCAGCUUAAAGACCGGAGAUGCAAAGUAGCCAACAUCCAUCUCUGUUCUCCAGCAAUACAAAUACUCAGCAUUGUGUCGCCCUUUACUAACUCUCAAGUUUGAACAGGGAACCAGGGACUUUGAACAAACCAAAAAUCAAACACCAGCACAGGGAUGAAAAUAAUACACUGUAGUGAUGAUCCAUUGUAUCUUGCCAUGGCCCUGAGCUGGCGAUAUUGUUUUAUAUGAUUAUUAUUUCUUUUAGCAUGCUGCAUUUGUGAAUCAAAAGGUUUAUCCUAAGAAGAGAUUAGUUAAGCUGCUAGCGUUCGUUUACCUUUGGGACUCGACAGCUGUACCCUUCUUUAGAAUGUAUAAUUCUGUAUUAGAUACAGCAUACAACAGAAGUGAGUACAACCCUGCGUAAUAUCACUUUUUUAAUGGUAAAUUUGUUAUUAUUACUUUACUAUUAGUUUGAAUGCCGGUAGAGUUGUUGCGUUAGAAACAACCAAAAGAUGCUUCACAGUAGAAACUCUGUGCAACAGAAGUAAGCACACCUUUGACACAUAGCCGACACAGUCGCAUCCGAAUGCUUGGUUUUUGGGCUCCGGUGCGGUGCUCGUGUGUAUGUGGGGGAAAGGACAUUAGCGGUGUUGUGAUUUCUGCUACAUUUCUGUGUGAAAUGAUCACUCGGAGAGAAAUCAACAGGUGGUCUGUUGUCUUAUGUCGCUGCUCGUGAAGUGAAAGUUAGGCGGAGUCUAGAAAGGGUAAGGUUAACCGAAACGUGAUGAUCGUGAUGAGCAAGGAGGAUUCCAGCGGAUGUUUAUCAGAUUGAACAUUAAACGACCUUUAACCUGCCAGUUCUCUAGUUGCUGCUCAGUCACAUUUUAAUUGGUUACCGCUGAUGAUCACAGGUGUAUUCUCUUUUGUUGCACUGAGUUUUUAAUUUGCGGUGCUUUAACUAAAGCUGGUUUUGUCUCUUUCACAUGAGCUGACAUUAAAGAGUGGUGUACUCAUUUCUUUUUAUACUGUACAUAUAUUUUAAAUCAGGUUUCAGUGUGCUGAGUUGGUUUUUGUUUUUUUUUCUGCUUUAGCGAGGGAUUAAAUCUCAGCACCUGUGCAGCCGUUGCACCAGGUUUUCCCGUUUUUUUUCUAUUCUUAUGCUGAGCUCAAAAACAUGUAUUUUUUUAUUUACAUUUGUUAUUUUCCUUUUUAAAUAAAAGAGAAAAAAAGCA